AUGCAGCAAAGCUCCAUCACCGGCUUCUUCAAGAAGACUCCGCGGCCAGACACCGCUCGCGAGGACGAAGACAGGCCUAGCAGCGACCGACAGCAGCGAAGACCCGGACCUUAUCACUCUCGUGGCGGAUAUUCGAGUCCAAGCACGCGUGGCGGAGCCUCGACCUCAAGCAUGCGUGGCGGGCAUUCAACUCCAAGCACGCGUGGUGGACAUUCAACUCCAAGUAGGCGUGGUAGAUACUCAUCACCAAGCACGCCGGGCCAGCAUCGAGGUGGCACAUCUCCACGCAAUCUAGAGCUCAGGAAGGUAGCCAAAGAAACCAUGGACGUGCUGCCGGCCGUGCUCAAGUCACUGCCUGGCUUCGGAGCUGACAUCGCUUCUGUCUACGACUUGGACAGCCUUGCGCCGCUUGACCCAAAGGACUGCCCCGGGUACACCCUUCCAGCUGGCGACAAAGACGCAGGCAGAGCAGGCACGCGGAUACGUGUCUUGGACAAGGACUCGUUCGACGCUGCCAUCGAGCUGCAACCGCACUACACAGCUCGUGUCCACCUGGCCAGCUUACCUGCAACAUCAAGCCCUGCAGCCGACACACCUGACAGCAGCCCCGCCAACGAUAGUCAAGAGACGGACCUCGACGGCCUCCCAGUCCAAGAACCCUGGGAUCUCUCCACGGCCCCCAAACAACCCCAACAACUCCAACAACCCCACUCACCUCACCCCAUCACCCCCGGCCCUCCGACAGCAAAACCCGUCCUAGUCCUAAACCUCGCCUCCCCCACCCACCCCGGCGGCGGCUUCCUCAACGGCGCCAUGGCGCAAGAAGAAGCGCUCUGCUACCGCUCCACGCUCUCCCUCUCGCUGCACCGCACCUUCUACCCCCUCCCGCCCCUCUCCGUAAUCCACUCCCCGUCAUGCCUCAUCAUACGCUCGUCGUCCGCCGACGGCCACACCCUGUACCCGACUCCAGCCCCCGGUCUGCCUGUCACAGCCGUCCUUAGCGUCGCGGCGCAGCGCCGCCCGUGGCUCACGGAUGACAGGAGCGCGUACAAGAACGCAGGGGCGCGCGCGAAGAUGAAAGGACGUGUGCGCGUUGUGCUGCGUGUUGUGGCGCGCCAGGGCCACUCGAAGCUCGUGUUGGGCGCGCUGGGGUGCGGGGUCUUCGGGAACCCGGCUGGGGAGGUAGCGGGGUGUUUUCUGGAGGUGAUGCGGGAGCGGGAGUUCCAAGGCGGGUGGUGGGAGGAUGUAGUUUUCGCCGUGCUGGAUACCGCGAAGGACGGCGAGGGGGGAAAGCAGGGUGAUGGGAAUUUCGGGGUGUUUUUCAGAGCGCUGGAUGGGCGGGUUGUGUGA